GUCAUGACUCUACUAGAAGACGUAAAAUCUCGAGUGAUGAAGUAAAGCGUCAAAACAAACAAGACUGCUGUUUCACAGCCUGCCGCUUUCCUUUAUGAUAUGCAACUAAUUAUCUCUGUUUGACUGCUGAUUUUAAUUUGGUUGAAUGACAAGUUCUGUGGGUGGUUCCUCGCUCAACCAACGAGGGAAGGCUGGUUCAUCGAAACCUUGGAAAAACUCUAACUAGCGAAAGACAGUUAAUUUAGAUGGAAUUCGUGAAGUCAAAUCUACUUAAGUGAUUAGCAGAUAUCGUAAAGUUUUCAUGGGGUAUAAUUAAUCAACGUGGCCUGAGUUCUGGGCAAGCAAAAUACCCAUCCAUCUAAAAGAAAUGUUGAGUAUGCGGAAAUUCCAUACAUGCAUGACAUGGAAUAUUAUUAAUAGGACUGAAAAUCUGGGAGAUCGAAUAUUUCACGACUAUCUUUGAGAAGUGGGGGCUUAAGGUAUAUCUCAGGACUCGGUGUGCCUGGGUAUUCAUCACUUAAGCCUUGCUAUUCGAGGCUUCAUGGCAUUCAGAGUCCACGACUGAAUACGAGACGGGGUUGAAGCGGUGUAUCAUCCUCGACAUUGUCUUGGCUGAAUAUCAUGUUGAAGCAGUCGGUAUCAUAGAUAUGAGUGUCAUCCGGAUUUGUUCUACUAGUAGGACGUUUGGCCAGGGCUCAACCCAUGUCCUCGUGUCAGGCGAAAGUAUCGACAUAGUGCGUCGUACGAAUGCUGACUUCUGGUCAUUGGGCCGCGAUAUGCGCAAGAGGGUGGGAAAGAAGCGGUAUGCGAGAAGCGGCAAGGUAGACACGUAAAAGCACGUACAACAGUGAAGUACCGAUAGUAGUGAAUAUGUAGCA